UGCUUCAACUCUCCAAAGAAACAUGCAAUGGCGCGUCAUUAUCCUACUUGUCGCCGGGAUUUCCAUGAUAUAUUUUGUUAGUCUUUUGCAGAUUCCACCGUAUGCUCAACCACUCAAAUUACAACCGCAAAGCUCAGCUCAACUGUUACCUGUGCAUCCUGAUGAAGUGAUUCUGACAACCGCACACGAUUCACUAUAUUUGACAUCGCUAUGGUUCAACACACCCGCCAACGAACCCUCAAUAGACCCCCAUUCCUCCAAUCUACGCAAGUCUCAAGUUGUAGGCUCCGUCCGUCAAUACAGGAUAUCACACCACUCGCUGUCAUCACCGAACACGCAAGGUGCAUGGACGCAAACCGUGCAGCAUGAAUUGCCAGGCCCGAUUUUGAAAGUUUCCACUCCACCGCCAAGCUCAGAUCGUCCUACCGACAUUCAAUUGGCCGUCCUCUAUUACGAAUUGGAAAAUGAAAGUUACACAUUGAUAGUGAGAGUAUACUAUCUGCUGCAAGACCUUUCUGUACAAUACAAAGAUCUGCAAUUACCGGGCCAACUGUGGCCUGUCACUUUUUCCAUUGAGGACAACUGCAUCAUAUAUUCACGAGACCCUGAUACGCAUCGAUUUUGGGUUCUUCCUCUGCCUGCCAAUCUCACCUCCGUUCCACAUUCCCAAAACGCUGAGAGGAUUCGCUUGACCUCUAGCCAACCCGGACCCCCCAUAGAAAGAUGGCAUCAACCAGCAGGCACUGAAACGUACCAUGGCAUGCUAUCUAGACUGUAUUCCAAAUCAUCCACAUUUCGCGUAUUUGUGCUAGACGUACAUACCACUUCGCUGCUUCACCACAUCAAUGCCAGCCUGUUUGAUCAUAUUCCUCAUCCCCAGUCAACUUCUCAAAACUUGUGGGAUAAGCGUUACUCACGUUAUCUCUCUGAAGACGUCUAUAUGGAUGUAUCUAUCGAACAUAUGGCAUACGUUGACUAUGCUCACUUUCACCAUGAAAGAGUCAAGAUCAAUCCUCCCGCCCUUCCUUCAUCCCGAUCCAAUGACGAGAAAACCCUGGUGACCCAUGUUAUCAAAGAUACGAUAUUGACCCUCGACUAUUCCGAUCGUCUGGAUCUAGUGCAGUCGGACAACACGGAAAAGUAUAAAGUGUAUCGAGAUACACAGGGCCAGACGCUGGAUGAGUUCUUCUUCUGGUCCGAAACCACGUUAAAUUCAGGAAGUGAUUACUACAUUAGUGAUAUUGUUGGAUUGCACAUCAAUGCCGAGGGUGACAUUCUGGUUGCUUGGACUGACGACAACACAGUCUACAUUCUGAAGCGUGGCGAAGCCGAUCGUCGGACCGACGAUACCUCCUCCUCAUGGACAAGUGAUAACGUAUACGAAUCUAUCCAAAAAAGUCUGGGGGGAAAAUCAUCCAACUCUGUCAUUCCAAUGGAAUGGCGGAUUCGGAUGGUCAUCGAUCCCACCGAAAUUAACUCCGUACCAAUUGCAGCUGCCAUGAUCCUGUCCAAAAACGACGACACAGCAUCACACCUACCCCGAAAUUAUCUUUUUUUGGCCCUUCAAAAUGGAGCCAUCCUUUCCUAUCUACUGGACGAAGUGCAAGAAGUCAAAAUAGUAACAUUUUAUUCAUUUUUGCGCGACCGACUGGAGAUUUGGAUGCCCAUGGCCAUGAUUGUUGCUGCUUUUGUAAGGAACGAACGGAAUAUGUACGCCCAACUGGCAUAAAUAAGGAAGUAAGGGUAACCGAAAAAAGAAAAAUUGAGG